ACGAUAAGAAUGAAAUGAAUGACCAUGGGUGGCUCACCUUUUCCAUACUGAAGUUCUAUGUUACCAAAGUCCUUACAUUUAAUAAUAGUGGAAAAAGGUAGCCUCCUUGCAUGUAUAAAUAGAGGUUAAAUCUCAGUACGUAACACAAAAUUACAUCAAUAACAACAAUCUCUCUUCUCUCUCUAUAUUAUCUUUUUCUCUUUUUCAUACGUUGCUAAUAUAUAAUAGUAGUGAAUAUAUAAAUUACUUCUAUUAUUAUAGUGAGAUAAUUAUAUUAGUGAAUAUCAAAACUAGAGCCUUCUAUUUACAUUUUAUUUUAUAUCUUCCUUAUUUAUUUAUUCUACAACAAAGAUUUCGUUAGUUGUAUGCUUCUACAUUUCAACCAAUUCAACUUCCCUUCUAUGUUUCUCCCAAACACUUUUCAUGCACAUAUUAUGACACAGUAAUGAUAAUAUGAUCAUGAUGGCUCUUACAAUCAUCAUCUUUCUCAUAUCUAUUGCUUCACAAGCUUCAAUAAACAUGUUGUUAACUACAACAAUGGCCAUGCCAUUAAGUUCUGAGACUGAUAAGCUUGCUUUGUUGACUUUGAAGGACAAGCUUACUAAUGGUGACUCAAAUGUUCUUCCAUCAUGGAAUGAGUCUCUUCAUUUCUGUGAAUGGCAGGGCGUUACAUGUGGUCGCCGCCACAAGAGAGUCUCAGCAUUGCAUUUGCAAAAUCAAGACUUGGGUGGUACUCUUGCACCAUCAUUAGGAAAUCUAACCUUCCUCAAGAAGCUCAAUCUUACUGACCUCAACUUGUACGGUCAGAUUCCAAGACAAGUUGGUCGUUUAAAGAGGCUGCAGAUUCUUAGCUUCCAGCAGAAUCAUCUUCAUGGUGAGGUUCCCCGGGAAGUUGGUCGAUUGAAGUCGUUGUACGCUCUCGAACUAACGAGAAAUAAUCUUCAAGGUGAGAUUCCUAUGGAGCUAAUCAACUGCUCAAGUCUUAAGAAAAUUGACUUGUCCUACAACAAUUUAACUGGGAAAGUUCCAUCAUGGUUUGGAUCCAUGAUGCAACUUACUAUGUUGGAGCUUGGAUUCAAUAAUCUAGUUGGUAAUAUCCCACCAACCUUGGGGAAUCUUUCAUCACUUGAUACAUUGUAUCUUGCAGGAAACAAUUUGGAAGGUCCUAUAAUUCAUGCUUUGGGAAGGUUGUCAAAUUUGGAGUACCUCUCUUUGAGUACCAAUAAUUUGUCAGGCCAAGUUCCUAAUGCAUUCUACAACCUUUCAAAUCUUCAAGUUCUUGAUAUAAGUAACAACAAAUUAAUGGGUCCUAUUUCUUCAAAUUUACAUCUUGCUUUUCCCAAUCUGUCUGUUUUUGUUGUUGCAUCAAAUCAAUUCACUGACAACUUCCCAUCUUCAUUAUGCAAUCUGACAAGAUUGAUAGAAUUUGAUUUAUCAUUCAAUAAUUUUAGAGGGCUAAUUCCUCCUACUUGGGGAAGCUCAAAUAAUCUUAUCUACUUUGGCAUUAAUUACAAUGGUCUAAUAGGAAGUGGGAAAGCUCAAGAUUUGGAUUUCCUUUCCUCUUUAACCAAUUGCACUCAGUUGUCAUAUUUGAUUUUGCAAGGAAAUAAUCUUGGUGGUGUAUUGCCAAAUCUCAUAGGCAACUUCUCUACCAAUCUCACUGUGCUUGAUAUAGCCCAUAAUCAAAUAUCUGGAAGCUUGCCUCAAGAAAUUGGAAACUUGGUCGGCUUAGGUUUACUUGCUAUGAAUAAAAAUUCCCUUGAGGGAACAAUUCCAGAUUCAAUUGGGAAUCUUAAAAAUCUAGUAAGAUUAUCCUUGGAUGAUAACAAUCUCUCAGGUAAUAUUCCUGUUGCCAUUGGCAAUCUUACUAUGCUGUCAGAAGUUUAUAUGGACUCAAAUAAUCUUGAGGGAAGCAUUCCAUUUACCUUAAGAUAUUGCACAAAUAUGCAGACUUUCGCUGCCGGGAACAACAAUUUAAGUGGUAGCAUACCAACUCAAACCUUUGAAUACCAACAAGGUUUAGUAAAUCUUGAUUUAGCCAGCAACUCCAUUACUGGUCCAAUCCCUCCAGAGUUUGGUAACCUGAAGCAUCUUUCUAAAUUGUAUCUAUUUUCAAACAAGUUGUCUGGUGUCAUUCCCAUUGAACUUGGUGCUUGUUCUGCAUUGAUAGAGCUUUAUCUAGAUGUAAACUUCUUCCAUGGAAAUAUACCUUCCUUCUUGGGUUCUCUAAGAUCACUUGAAUUCUUAGGACUUUCCAACAACAGCUUCUCAGGCACAAUCCCACAUGAACUUGAAAACUUGACACAAUUGAAUGCAUUGGACCUUUCCAAUAACCAGCUCUAUGGCAAGGUUCCAUUAGGAGGAAUCUUUAGUAACAUCACAGCAAUAUCACUCAUUGGAAACAAGGAUCUCUGUGGUGGGAUAACUCAACUGAAUUUCCCUCCAUGUCCAAAGUUGCCCUCAAAUAAACACAAGAGCUCUCUUAGAAAGAAAAUUAUUGUCAUCAGUGUUAUUGGAGGGAUUUUGAUCUCGUUCAUUAUUUUUGUUAGCAUCUAUUGUUUCAUGAGGAAGCCCAAGAAGUUACCUUUUUUGCCAUCAUUGGAACAUAAGUACUUGAGGGUUUCUUAUGGAGAGCUACAUCAAGCAACAAAUGGAUUUUCUUCAUCCAAUUUAGUUGGCACAGGAAGUUUUGGUUCUGUGUAUAGAGGAACCCUUGUUCAUUUUGAGAGACCUGUUGCUGUGAAAGUGUUGAACCUUCAAACACGCGGGGCAUCAAAGAGUUUCAUGGCCGAAUGCAAAGCUCUAGGAAAAAUCAAGCACAGAAACCUUAUCAACAUAUUGACUUGUUGUUCAAGUGUUGAUUACAAAGGGGAUGAUUUCAAGGCCAUAGUGUUUGAGUUCAUGCCUAAUGGGAGUCUAGAAACCUUGUUACACCACACUAUUGAAGAUAGCGAGUCAACAAGUCCAAGUCUCAACCUGAUGCAAAGAGUAAAUAUUGCUCUUGAUGUAGCUUUUGCAUUGGAUUAUCUUCACAAUGAUUUAGAGGAAGCUGUAGUUCAUUGUGAUAUUAAGCCAAGCAAUGUUUUACUUGAUGAUGACAUGGUUGCCCACUUGGGAGACUUUGGAUUAGCUAGGCUUGUUCAUGGUGUCGCAAGCCACUCUAGCAGUGAUAAAGGAAGUUCCUCAGUAAUCAAGGGAACCAUCGGAUAUGUUCCACCAGAGUAUGGAGCAGGUAGGUCAAUAUCAGCAAAAGGAGACAUCUAUAACUAUGGAAUUCUUCUUCUGGAGAUAGUAACCGGAAAGAGACCAACGGAUGGCAUAUUUGGUGAAGAUCUAAGCCUACACAAGUUCUGUAAAAUGGCAAUUCUAGAAGGAAUUUCUGAGAUUGUUGAUUCAAGAUUGCUCAUUCCAAUUGAUGAACAAGAGGAAAGAAGGGUUACACAACAGCAAAAUAUCAAGGAGUGUUUGGAGUCGUUUGCUAGGAUUGGAGUUGCAUGUUCCGAAGAAUUUCCCUCUCAACGGAUGAACAUUAAAGAUGUCAUAAUGGAGCUUCAUGCAAUUAAACACAAACUGCUUCCAUAGAAGGAAGAUAGGCGUCAUGUUUAUGAAAAUAAAUUACCUACUUAAGAUAUUUCGGUUGUUGCAUUAUUACUCUAUUUUAUUUGAAUUACUUUGUGUUGUAGUUUACAUCGAGUAAAUUUCUUCUGUUCUAUACCAUUAC